AAAGAAAAGAAAAGGUGCGAUCGCAUAGAUAGAAGAGAGAGAAGGAGAGGCGUGUGACUCUAAAAAACUGUUUGAUUCUUAAGUUGAGGGAUUGAAAAUCUCGCCGGGGAAUUUGGUCGAAGUAUUUAAGGAUGGUGAAUUCAAUGGUGGAAAGAGCAACGAGCGAUAUGCUGAUAGGUCCUGAUUGGGCUAUGAAUCUCGAGAUCUGCGAUAUUUGCAAUCACGAUCCUGCGCAAGCCAAAGAUGUUGUGAAAGGAAUAAAAAGACGUCUUGGUAGUAAGAAUCCCAAAGUCCAACUUCUUGCUUUGACACUGUUGGAAACAAUUGUGAAGAAUUGUGGGGAUAUUGUCCAUAUGCAUGUUGCUGAGAAAGAUCUCCUUCAUGAGAUGGUGAAAAUUGUAAAAAAGAAGCAACCUGACUUGCAUGUCAAGGAAAAAGUGUUAAUUUUGAUAGACACAUGGCAAGAAGCAUUUGGAGGACCAAGGGCAAGAUAUCCACAAUUUUAUGGGGCAUACCAGGAGUUGCUGCGCAUUGGAGCUGUAUUCCCUCAGAGAUCUGAGAAAUCAGCCCCUGUGUUCACACCUCCCCAAACACAUCCACUGGCUUCAUACCCACAGAAUCUCCGGAAUCCUGAAUCUGGACAGGAAGCAGCUGAGACUUCUGCAGAGGCUGAAUAUCCAGCCUUGAGCUUGACAGAGAUCCAAAAUGCACGUGGUAUCAUGGAUGUCCUUGCUGAAAUGCUGAGUGCAUUAGAUCCUGAAAACAAAGAGGGGCUGAAACAAGAGGUGAUUGUUGAUUUGGUUGAACAAUGUCGCACCUACAAGCAAAGAGUAGUACACCUUGUAAACUCAACUACGGAUGAAUCACUGCUCUGCCAAGGGCUAGCACUUAAUGAUGAGUUGCAGCGUGUAUUGGCCAAGCAUGAAGCUAUUGCUUCUGGAACUUCUGUUAAAGUGGAAAAGCCGAAAUCUGAACCACCUCAACCACUUGUAAAUGUUGAUGCUCCACUUAUUGACACCGGUGACGGCAAACAAUCAGACCCAGGAUCUACAUCAAGUGCUAGCUUAGGGACACAGUUGCUUCUUCCUGCUCCUCCAGCCGCUAGCAGUCCAUCAACAACAACAAAAGUUGACCCGAAAAUUGAUCUUCUAAGUGGAGAUGAUUUCGGCUCACCUACGACUGAGAAUGUCCUGGCCCUUGUUCCCGUUGGUGGAGAACCUCAGCCUGCAAGUCCUAUUUCACAGCAGAAUGCCCUUGCUCUUGUUGACAUGUUUUCAUCACCCAGCAACUCGCAAUCUCCAUAUUCAGCUGGGCAGGCGCAUCCUUUGUCCCCUCAAUUUCAACAACAGAGUUUCAAUUCUACCCAGCCAGCUUUGUAUCCGAAUGGAAGUGUCCCUGGAACAACACAUACACAAGGCUCUAAUGUGGCCUGGAACGGACAGAUAUCGCAGCAACAGCAGUCAUCUUCUCCAGUUUAUGGCGGUCAAAGCAGUUCUUUUCCACCACCUCCAUGGGAAGCUCAGGCAGCAGAGAAUGGCCAAAAUGUGGGGAAUCCUCAUGCUCAACCAAUGCAAAAUAAUCAGUUAUUGCCAGGUAGUCCACAUGCUCUACCAAUGCACAACAAUCAGCUAAUGUCCGGUAGUCCGAAUGCUUUAUCAAUGCAAAAUAACCAGCUGAUGGCAGCUAACAGCCAGCAAUUGGCUGGUGGUUCGCAUGUUCAUGGUAUGUAUGCACAACCAAUUACUGGUGGACAGCCUGCCAUGAUGAACCAGGCUAUGCAAAGCAAUCAGAUGGUAGGCUUGCAUCCUCAACAAAUCCAAGGUGGGCAAUCGAUGGGUAUGUUUCCACAACAAAUGGCACCUGGGCACAUGGCUUAUAUGUAUGCCCAACAACAAAUGUAUGGCAACCAAAUGGCUGGUUAUGGCUAUGGUUAUGCCCAACCACAGAACACACAAUUUCUUAAUCAGAGAAUGUCUGGGCUCUCUGUGAGGGAUGAUGGAGUCCUAAAUAAUUCGUCCUAUCCAGUUUCAACUCCUUCGUACAUACCAUCUGGAAAACCCUCAAAGCCGGAGGAUAAACUAUUUGGGGACCUUGUUGACAUUUCAAAGUUCAAAUCAUCCAAAACUACUCCUGGCAGAGCUGGGAGCAUGUGACAGUGACUGGUUUCUUCACCUUUCUUUUUUUCUUCAAUAUAAUUCUCACGUCUAUUUAGUAAUCAAGCUUCUGUUGUUUGUUCUGAUUCUUUCCUCAAUACUUAAUUUUGGCGCAUUGUUCCUUUUAGUCCAUACACAUUUAAUGGUUCUUUGUGAGAGUUUGUGUACAUUUCUUGUAGAGAGUAAAACCAAGAUCACAAAGAAAGGAAGUCGACGAACCUUUUUUGCCAGCUGGAAUAUGUAUAGAAUAUCUCCAUUUAUGUU